UACUGCGUACCAGGGACAUGUGACUCUCCAUUCGUAGCCGCAUGGUGGCGCUAUUCCAUGCAACGUCACCGGAUGCUCUCUGCACUUUCGAGAUCGUUGUUGACGAAGAUUUACCACAGACCAACGUAACAGCAGCAAUGGAUCAGAUCCAACAGUUGGUUGACCCUGCCAAGCAGUUCGCUAAGGACUCACUCAGACUUGUCAAAAGAUGUACCAAGCCGGACAGAAAAGAAUUCCAGAAAAUUGCCAUAGCAACAGCCAUCGGUUUCUGCAUUAUGGGAUUCAUCGGGUUCUUCGUCAAGCUCAUCCACAUCCCCAUCAACAACAUCAUUGUGGGAUCGUAGAACAUCACGGCCAUGGAAGGACAUCCCUAGAUUAAGAUUGACACCCAUGCUAGCAUCUCAGCCAUGACAUCUGGCGACACUCAUAUCUACAAAGCAUGUUUUUUCCACCAUGCAAGCCCCUUCAAGCAGAUUUCACCCACUCAACUUUAGCCAAGGCAUCAAAAUUUCAUCCUCGGACCUUAACAAUGAUGCUGCUAUUUCAGUAUUGCGCAAGUCCAUGGAACCUGAAAAAUAGCCAUUUUUGAAACGAUGUUUCCAAUUCAGUGUCUGCCUGAGGCAUACAAUUUUCCCAUGGCAUAAGUACUGAUCCUGUACUGAAUCCAAGUUUUGGAAAAUGUCCCAUUAGUGGCUGACAAGAUUGAAGAAUCAGUAUUUCUUGGAUAUUUUUCUUCCCAAAUAGCAGACGCAAUGCGGAUUAGUAAAAUAAUUGUAUCGAUAAUGUGUAUUUUUAAAGCAGCAGUGUCGGUUAUAUUCUUAAGUAUUUGUGAUUUUUCUCAUUGUUGGAUCAGUGGGGGGGGGGGGGGGGGGGGGGGUUCAAUUUGUAGUCCCAAAAUAUUUGUGUGUUUCAUUGCCUAUUCUACAACUGUAAAAGUAGGUUUUGUAAAACUUCAUCUAGGGAAGGGGGGGGGGAAAUAGGGCAUGUUGGAUUUCAGACUCAGUCUUGUACCGUUAAACAUCGCAAGUUUGUUUUUAUGGAGAACAAGGUCCAGUAACUAAUAAACCAAUUUUUGGAAACUUGAACCCAC